GCGGGGGGCUCCGGCGGGGGCGGCGCGGGCCGGGAGGCGAGGAUGACUCUGGAGUCCAUGAUGGCGUGUUGCCUGAGCGAUGAGGUGAAGGAAUCCAAGCGGAUCAACGCCGAGAUCGAGAAGCAACUGCGCCGGGACAAGCGGGACGCCCGACGGGAGCUGAAGCUGCUUUUACUGGGCACCGGAGAGAGUGGCAAGAGCACGUUUAUCAAACAAAUGAGGAUAAUCCACGGCUCCGGCUACUCCGAAGAGGACAAGAGGGGUUUCACCAAGUUGGUAUACCAGAACAUCUUCACUGCCAUGCAGUCCAUGAUCAGGGCCAUGGAGACCCUGAAGAUCCUCUACAAGUACGAACAGAACAAGGCCAACGCCCUGCUGAUCCGGGAGGUGGAUGUAGAAAAGGUCACAACGUUUGAGCAGCCAUAUGUAAGUGCAAUUAAGACUCUGUGGAAUGACCCUGGAAUCCAGGAGUGUUACGACCGAAGGCGAGAAUACCAGCUCUCCGAUUCAGCUAAAUACUACCUUACUGACGUAGACCGAAUUGCCACCAUAGGGUACCUACCGACUCAACAGGAUGUGCUGCGGGUGCGAGUCCCCACCACUGGGAUCAUAGAGUACCCUUUCGACCUAGAGAACAUCAUUUUCAGAAUGGUAGAUGUUGGCGGUCAGAGAUCGGAACGGAGGAAGUGGAUCCACUGCUUUGAAAAUGUGACCUCCAUCAUGUUUUUAGUAGCCCUUAGUGAAUAUGACCAAGUUCUGGUGGAGUCGGAUAAUGAGAACCGAAUGGAAGAGAGUAAAGCCCUCUUUCGGACCAUUAUCACCUACCCUUGGUUCCAAAAUUCCUCAGUCAUCCUCUUCCUCAACAAGAAGGACCUCCUGGAAGACAAGAUCUUGUAUUCCCACCUCGUGGACUAUUUCCCAGAGUUUGAUGGACCACAGAGGGAUGCCCAGGCCGCCCGGGAGUUCAUCCUCAAGAUGUUUGUGGAUUUAAACCCAGACAGCGAUAAAAUCAUCUACUCUCACUUCACAUGUGCCACAGACACGGAGAACAUCCGUUUCGUCUUUGCUGCCGUCAAGGACACCAUCCUCCAGCUGAACCUGAAAGAGUAUAACUUGGUCUGACCCUGUUCUCUUCCCUGGGCGCCGAGAAGAGAUUCCCCUCCUUUUCCCCCCCGAACCCCUCCAAAAAACAAAAUGAAAAAAAAACCAAAAAAAAGGCAAAAUUUACGGGAAAAAAAAUCUUUCAUUUUUAAUGAUGUAAUGAUUGCAAAUUGUCUGAUCUGUGGAGUGGCGAAUUUGCUCAGUGUUAUUCUGAAUCUCAUCUUUCCGGCCACAGAGUAGUUGAUUUAUUCCCCCCCCUUCCCCUCCCUCUUUUUAACAAAUGGCUUUUAUUUCACAAUUAUCACCACACCUCAUGCACCUCUUAAUCUUUUGCCAACUGUAAAGGCUUCUCUUGGGCUUGACUUUUUGUUUUUUUAACUCCCAUACCUAGUUUGGUUUUGAUUCUCUCCCCGGUCCACAUCUUCAGCCCUCGGCUACAUUUAUGUGAACUCACUGAACUGCGGGCAUGCAGAGCGCCCCUGUAAGCCCCACGAAGCCUCCACCACGAACGCUUGCUUUUUCCAAGUCCGUGCACCACGGUUCACUGGGAUGAGGAGGGCAACCCUGCUCUUCCCUACGUCAAUGGCUGCCAAAAAGAAAAAUUAGCCAAUGGCCAGCCAAGCGACCAAAAAGAAGCCAUCGCUCUUCCAUCCUUCAGUGUACCGUUCAUUCCGGGUUAUUGUUUUCUUCCCAAUUAUAAAACAUACUGAGACUGAUUUUUUUUUUUUAAAUUAUUGAUGUUGUCUAUGUAGUUUGCUCCACGCUGGGUUUCCAUUUGGUGGACUGCAAAACGUGUGAUCUGCCAAGCAGGGGAAAUGUCUAACUCUGAGAUUUUUCAAAGCAAAUAUAGGUUUCGUUGAUUGGAGAGAAGGCCUGCCCACUCCCCCCCAACCUUCCCAAAGCAAAGGGAAAAUGAACCCCCAAGUAUCUUCAGGGUUUGGCUGGAUUAGGGAGGCACGGGGGCUUCUCUGUUUCUGUAACAUGCUGAAUCUCAGUUGUUCUCACACUUUAUGCCAGAGAGGGUCAGGCACUCCGAAGAAAGUUAACCCUCCAGGCUAGCUCCGGUUCCCUGGACUUGGGAGGUGGGAAGAGGUGAGGUUAGUAAACCGGGGAACUGAAAUGUAUCCUAAAUUGAAACAAAAAGAUGAGAAAAGGAGGGAGAAAUUCAUUGUGUGUUUGUGUGUGUGUGUGUGUGGGAGGGGGGAGGUUUUUUGGGGGGGUCUUUGGGUCUUUUUGGAACGAGGAGGAAAAGUUCUCUAGAGCCUCUUAGGACUAUUCUUGAGGAGCUGUUGUAGUCUAAUGGGAUGUGGACUCUGCUCAAAGCACUUGCACAGAUAUUCAUUCCAGAGCUGCCCAACAUCUGGGAAUCAGAAGCAUCACCACAGGCACGCCCCCACAUUUUCUGGGGUGCCCACCUGUUGCUAAAGAAGGCGCCUGGCCCCAGGGAUGGGUAUGUGGCCAGAGCGAGAAAAGUCGGGGGAAGGGGGGAAUGCCCAAUCUGAUUUGAGCCAGGGUCCACUUUGUCAUCUUAAUCCGAGGCCUCCGGUGGGGCCAGACACUCGUGCCGCCUCGGGUGCCCCCUGGGUCAGGCGCCAGCUACGGCCGCCGGCGGCUGUUCGCUGGGAACGUGUCGGGUCCGGAGCCCUCGGCUGAACCUGCUUCUGGGAGGGGUGAGCCUCCUCCUCCUUGCCGGCCUCCCCCGGCGAUAGCACUUAGGAGGCUGAAAGACCCAUUGUUUCAUUCAGUAAUAUUUAUUGAGCACUUACUGUGUGCAGAGCACUGUACUAAGCGCUUGGGAGAGUACAAUACAACAGACACAUUCCCUGCCCACGCUGAGUCUAGAGGUGGCGAGACAGACAAUCCUGUCCCCGAUUACAUGGUCUGAGGUAGGGUGAACAGGGUCAGAGAGAUUUUUCUGUAGACAGAACACUACAUCCAGGUGGGUUUGGGGUUGCCUUCUGUUUUUGCAUGCUGGAAAAAUGAAAAAAAGAAAAAAGAAAAGGCAAGCCAACGGCCCAAGCGGCCUUUGAUCUGGAACACUAAGUAGUGGGUCGGACUCGCUCUGGGUUUUGUUUUUUUUUCGGUAAUUCCCUCAGACUUCCCUCCUGCUUUCCAUGUAAUCAGUGAGGGGAGCCACCACUGGAUUCCCAAAGCACUUGGGGAGAUGCACGGCUGAGAGCAAACUGGGUCAGCAAGAAGCUCGGGACCAAAGAGGAAGGACCAUGCCGGGUCGGGGGCAGCAGCUCCAUUCCUGAUGGGGCCAGACAGCCCUGAACCAAGUCUUACUGUCUUCCGUCUUUCCGCCCAAAGAGUCGUUUUUGGUGCCCAGGUUGUAUUCAAGAGGAUUUUGAGCAUAAACUUUCAAAACGCCAAAAAGACCCCCAACUCUUUAUUAGGGAGCAGAUGGUGCUAGACCCUGUGCCCGCUAGCCUUUUUCGGGCUAGCGGUUGGCACUGGAAACUCGAGUUCUCAGCAGCUUCAGGCUAUGCUAGAUGGAUCCUGCCCAGGGUGGCCUCGUCUCUCCCUCCAAGGCCAGUCUACUAUCCUCAAAGAAAAGACCUUUUGGGGGGCAGCUGUUUGACAGAGAAGUCUCCUUCCACCCUCGAAGGGUUGCCCAGCAGCUGUGCCCUCUUUCCCUGAGCCAGUGCUACCCGUGCCACGUGUGGAACCAGACCAGCCUGGGGAAAGUACAGUUGAUUUCCCAGCAGGGGAAUGAACGAAUAAAUACCAGUUAAUCAGUGGCAUUUAUUGAGCACCGACUGUGUGCAGAGCACAGCAUUAAAGGCUUGGGAGAGUCUAACGCAAUAGAGUCGGUAGGCAUGAUCUCUUCCCCUCAAGGAGCUGACUGGUGGAAACCCAGGCCGGUUGCAGAUCGGGUAACACCCCAACUUGGGGUGAGAGCAUAGAGACAAGAAUCACCAUGGGGGAGCCCCACCUAGCUCCUCCACUAGCCUCUCCUCAGCUCAUUCCCAUCUGUAGGUGCGGGUUUUUUUAUUCCUUAUUUUUUGCCUCCUCCACUAGACGUUUUCAGCUUGUGCUGACCACGUCCACAAUCGAGAAUCAGGGCGUCAGGGUUCCCAAGAGGGUAAAAUCUGUAAUGCGGCUCCUCCCCGGCCCUGGUUGUUGUGGGGGGGACUUAUAGGUCUGUCUUUUUUUUAUAUCUAUCUAUAUAUAUAUAUAUAUAUAUAAAAACCAUCUAGUUGUGCCAAUGCCCCCUUUAGUGCAAAAGACUUUUCCGAGUGCCAUUGUGGUGGAAACAAUUUGGUUAUACUUGUAUAUUCUACCAUCCUGAUUCAAGAUAAUUUCAACAUUAUCCUAUUUAAAAAGAUACUAUAUAAAAUGCUGUUUUUAAACCUUGUCAUUUGAAAUGCAUGUAUUGUUGUGUGUGUGGUGGGAUGGGGAGGGUGGGCUGGGGAUGGGGCAGAGGGGGAGGAGUUUUGGAAUGUUGCUCAAGGUGCCUCAUGGCUCCCAGCCGCUCCCACCCAUCCGGACGGUUUGGGGAGGGAGCGGGAGGGAAGGGUGGUGUGGCCCUUGGGACCUGAGGCUCUGCUGCCUGGGCCCCGACCUUUAUUCCAGAAGUACCCAAUGGAAAUUGAUUUUCAUAUCUUUCUCCUGAAAUAAAUUCUCUGUUUCAAAUUGGAAUAAAUUUUGUUCCUAAAUG